GUUGCAGACUUCCUGUUAUUGCAGUCAGCUGCCCCGGAAUCAGCAGCCACCAUUAUAGCUGUAAGGGCAGCUCCCACAAAACAAACCUUGUUUUCAGACCAUCCUCGGUGAAAAGUUUACUGAAAACAGCAAAGAUUUUGCUGGAUACAUCUGGGGACAGCAGUGACAGAAAGAAAGCGAGGCCAUUCUUCAUUGUUCAUCAGCACAGUGAUGGAGGAGGAAAAACAAAAUGGAACGCCCUGUGGCAACACUGAAGUUCCUGCCAAACAGGCAUCUCAAGACCCAAAGAUGCCCACAGAGCUGAGGCUCAUCCUGGCAGGGAAGACGGGAAGUGGAAAAAGUGCAACUGCAAAUAGCAUCCUGGGCAAGAAAGUCUUUGAGUCCAAGCUCAGUUCCAGGCCAGUGACUGAAAGAUGCCAACUAGAGAGGAGAGAAUGGCAGGGAAGGUCACUUGUUGUCAUUGACACCCCAGAUAUCUUUUCCUCUAAUGCCCAGACAAAAAACACAUUUCUGGAGAUCUCUCGUUGUAUGGCCCUCUCAUCCCCAGGGCCUCAUGCCCUGCUCCUGGUCAUCCAGCUGGGCCGUUACACCAAUGAGGACAAGAAGGUCUUAAGGCGUAUUCAGGAUAUAUUUGGAGUGGGGAUCCUGUCUCACACCAUCCUCAUCUUCACCAGGAAGGAAGACUUAGGGGAGGGGACCCUGAAGGAAUAUUUAAAAGGAACAGAGAACAAAAGCUUGAGCUGGUUGGAUACUGUGUGUGAAGGAUUUCACUGUGGUUUCAACAACAAAGCUGAAGGUGAGGACCAGAAGAACCAAGUACAAGAACUGAUAGACAUGGUAGAUGGGAUGCUCUGGAAAAAUGGAUACCAAUAUUACUCAAAUGAGGUGUACAAUUACGUCCAGCAAAAUAUUCAGCAGUUAAAGGAGGAGCUGAGAGAACAGUCGAUACACCUGGGACAGGUUUCUAAGGGAGCUUUCUGUGAGGAGGAUAUGCCAUCAGAGAAGGAAUCAGAUCCAAAAUGCUCUGUCCUAGAAAGUCUAAGGACCAUUCAGAGGAAAUAUAAGCAGAAACAAGAACUCAUACUGAAAACAGAGUCCCAGACUCCUUGGGUGGAGGACAACACACCUUGGGGUUCUUUUUUCUGCUGUUACCCUGUCAUGUCCUACCUUAGAUCUUUUACCUUUCUUCCCCUAUCCAUCAUGGAUCAAACCCAGUCAACUGGACCCAGGCACUCAGGAAAGAACCCAGAGCUGGAGUCUGAAAGACCUCAGUGCCAAACCUAGCUCUGCCAUUGACUAGUUCUAGAGCUUGAACAAAUCACUUCAUCUGAUUCAACUUUCUUUUGGCAGGUGAGAAAAUAAGUCUGGAAAGGUGAUCUCUGUGGACCCUUCCAGGUCUAGUUUUUCAUGAUGUCAGGCCAUUGGGAAUAGUCUCCAGGAGAUUGUGAUCCCUAUCGCUCUAACCUUGUUGGGGGAAAAAUACAAAUAAUAUAUGUUCCUUUAUAUUGUGAUCAUUAGAAUCCCUGGAACUCUAGAGCCUGUGUCUUAGAGGAAAUUCCUUAAAGGAUGGACUAGUUGGCCUUUGAGUCCCUUCUAACUCUAAAAUUUUGAUUCCCAUUGCAUAGAUGGUGAAGCUGAGGCCCAAUGAGAGAGAAAGAUCUUUUAGCACCAUAAAGUAAAUCUAAGAGAAUAUCUUCUUGAGGCUCUAUCAGCUAACUCUGGUCAAAAUUCUUCAGUAUAACCGCCUCAUCCUCUGCCCUCCAUACAGACCUUGAGGUGUAGAUGUACAACCUCCCCCAAAUCAGGCAGCACCAGGAUAGAAAUGUACAUACCCAACCUUUUAAAAAUACAGACUGCACAUCUCCCUUCAUGCUCAUCCCUAAAGGAAGAAAAAUCAGGAGACAAAUGACAUUUAUAAGGAACUUGCCCAAGGACCUGACUGCUGGGACAUACCACCUAUCUAAACCCAUAAAGCUCAUGCUUCAAUUUCACCUCAUACCCACAGAAAGUAUGACUGGUUCUUCCCAAAAUAUAUAAUCUCCUUCCUUACUGUCUGCUGCCUUUAGUUAUCCCAGUGAUAUAAUGAAGUCAGAAAUGCUAAGACUCAGGGCAGUGAGGUAGCUUAGUGGAUAGAGAGCCAGGUCUAAAGACAGGAGGUCCUGGAUUCAAAUCUAGCCACAGACACUUCCUAGCUGUGCACCCUGAGCAAGUCACAACUCCAAUUGCCUAACCCUUACUACUUUUCUGCCUUGGAAUCAAUACUUAGUAUUAGUUCUAAGAAAGAAGGUAAGGGUUUUUAAAAAGUGCUCAGACUCAUAGGAUCAUAAAAUCAUAGAAUCUCAGAGCUAAAAGGGCCCUCAUACCUGAACAGUAAUCUCUUCUACAAUAUCCCUAGCAAAUAGUUAUCUAGUCUUCAUUUGAAGACCAACAGCAACAGGGAAUUUACCUAUCAAUUAAAACACCAUUUCUUUAUGCUUCAGCACAUAUAUGGGGAACCAGGUCUUUAAUAGCAGAAGUUUGUUUUGUAUUGUUUUGUUUUUUCCAUUUCUGCCUUACUCUGACAUGUUUUCUGAGACUUAUUGAAGCUUUAAAAAAGCCCAUAACUUAACAGCUUGAAGCUAGUUACCAGACAGGGGGAUGAAAAUUGAAAGAGCAUGUCCGUGUUUCUCUCUAGACUCAGAAAGACUUGGGAAUAUGCUGACAAUACAGAGGGGCCUCCUAUCUGCAUUUUUAGGUAGGUAGGGGAAAGGCAAAGAGAAGUCCGUUACCCUAAUUCAGGCAUAAAAAAGCGCUAGGACCCUUUCAUGAAAGGGCUGGGAAAGAAAACGUUUAGCUUCCAUUUCUUUCACCAGCUAGGAGGAUCUCUGAGGCAAAUUGGAGCCAGAAAUGAACAUGCGAUGAUUAUACUUGAUGCAUGUGGCUUGGGCCAUCUAUCUCACUCUCAGGGUGUAAUGGCACAGCUUUAACGAAUGGUAAGCAUGUAGUUCAAAACCAUCUCAAGGCAUCUUCAGAAAAGUUUCAGACACGAGGACGACCUUAGAAGAUGGCAAGGAUGGUCAAAAAGCAAUGGCAAAGCAUGGCAUUUCAGUGCAAGAAAGCUUUAGAGACAAAGAGGGCUAAGCAAACAGUAGCAGCAAAGCUUAGUCAGUUGCUGAAAAAAUGGACCUAGGAGAACUCAAGCAGGAGAGUUUUCUCAGCAUGACGUGGGGGAUGUAGAAUUGGCCAACUAAAUCAGUAACCUUCAUAUGUUUUCAAAUAAAUAGGUCUAAGUUUUAUUUAUUAUAAUCCCAAGAGCUUAUCUUACAUGUAGACAGAAUAGAUGUAUACAUGAUUACAUGAUUUGAGACAUGGAAAACUUCAAGUCCCUCCACCUCCAACCAGAAAAUAUUACCCACCAACUACUCACUGUGCAUAACGUGUCUCAAAUAAAGCUUCAUUUCUUUGAUCUAAAA